CACUUACGCACCCAAAAGAAAAAAAUGCCGAUCGGAAGUUCUUCCUUUGGGUUUCAAAAAGUAGAACACAAAGCUCUAAUCUUCAAUUGAGCUACAUGUAACAGUUGGAGAACCAGAGAUUCAGGCAUUGAGCACGACACAAAAUAUUAAUAUUCAAUUGAGCACAAUACAAACCAUCACAAUCGAUAUGGAUCACCACACAAUCCACAGAAACACUAUCACUACAACAGUCGGCAACGACGCGUCCACCGUCACAAUCGGGCGCUGCCGCCACCAUCACAAUCGGUGGCAACGGUGAUGGAGCCGUAGCCGACGAAAAACAGCAAAACCCCAAACUCGAUAGCCCAAUUUAUAAUUACACCCAUCUCAUUCAUUCCCGCACCCAAACCACCCAAAUUGCGCCAAAACAAAUCGAGGAAAUUAUGGUAAUGGACGGGCUCACGGUUCUCAGAGGCAAAUGCAUGCCCUCUCUUUAUUCAUGGGCAUAUAAAAACAUAUGGCAAGUCAGUUUAAGAGGAGGUGCCUAAGGAUUCAGAUAGUUCAGACUUUCUUUUUCUAAUGAGACUGCUAGUUAACAUGAGGAGUUUGAUGAGGAUUAGACUGAGAUUGCUGAUCCAUCAGUCCAGCACAGGAUGAAGCAGGGGUUCUUGCGUAAUAUAAAACCCAAAAAAAGGACUAACAUGAACAUAUAUAAAAUUUUGUUACUUGUAUAUGUUUUCAAUUAAGUGAGUUGAGAAAUAUUUCUCUUACAUCUUUUGGCAGCAAUUAAGUGAACUAGGAAAUAUUUCAUUGCAUCAUUCAGGAAGAGAAGAGUAUUAGAAAGAAUUUUUAGGGUUGAAUUACAUAAUUUACCAAUUAUAAGAAUUUGAAGCUAUUUUAGAAAGCGGACAAUUAGCCUCCCCAAUUUUAUCUUGAUAAAAUCUAACCACAAGAAUUAGCCCUUUUUGUUUUUUGGUCUUGAAGCAGUAGCAUUCUAAUAAUUAAUGGUAUAAUUAGUGUUUGACAUUGCUGGUUGUUGGUUGAUAAUUGCUAUUUCUGUAGAAUAUAAUAAGUGUUAAUCAUCUCCAUCAUUACUUCUGUUACCAAGUAUGACCAUGAUUAACUUUACUAAGUUGCGAUUAUGUCAGAUCAGAGAAAAGAUGAUUAACCGUUUGUAUAUAAAUUUUAGGAUGACAUGAUUUCCUAUAUUUAUUAGAGUAUGAAGCAGCAAUGCAGAAUGAAUGGGCAGGAUAUGGCUUGUUUAAUAGUAGACUCUACCACCUGUUGCAUAUCCAGCAGGCUUGUAUGAGUACAUUUUUAAUGUUUAUUUUGACUGUGGAGUAUAUUGAUCUUAUGAUAUAUAUAUAUUAUAGUUGGCAUGUGGUUACUUAUGUAUUUUGUUUCUGUGUUUUGACUUGAUAUGGCUAAUAGAACCUUCUUUGAUUGAUAAAAGCUUGUUCCUCCUAAGAAGAGAAAUAUCAAGAUACUUCAAGAUGUCAGUGGAAUAGUAAAACCAUCAAGUUAGAACUGAUGGACGAAGAAUCCAAGUGUCAGAACUUAGAAUUAAUAUCCAGGCCCUAGAGGAUCUUGUUAAUCCUGAACAAGAGGCUGCUGCUGAGGAAAUUACUCAAUACCAACUUGCAGAUGAGCAAGUGAUACAUGAGAGAGAUGUUAUAAGUAACGAACUCCAAAUUGACGAAGAUAACCCUUACACAUGUCCUCUGGGGUCACAAGAAGUAGUUUCUAAAGAAACAUGUUAAGGUCAAGAGGAGGGAAUGUAUACACAAGUUCAAGGUAAGGUGAGUGAGACUCAAAACCAAUCAGUUAUAUGGCGAGGAAUAUCCAUGACUCAAAAACUUGCAACCAUUCUUGAGGAAGUCACCCUUUUGCAUCCUGAGACCUUUCAGUGUUUGGAGAAGAAGUUUCUGUUCUUCAAGCAAUUUGUUUUUGAGUCUGUGGGUAAAAUACUUCUCAUUCUACGGCAGUUCCAUCACAGAGCUGUUUCAGCAUCUGAAGUUCAGUUUAUUAAAUCUAUCAUGGAUGACUUGAAGGAAGCAAGUAUUGAAAUCGCAUGGCUUGAAGACCAGUUACUUUUGGCUGAGAUGAAGAUGGCAAAGGAACAACUUGCUGUUAGAAUGGAGAGGAUUCAGAAGGAUAUAGCUGAGGUUGAGGAGCUGCCUACAUGUCUGAAGGGGAAAUAUGCAACCGCGAGGGAGAGUUUUGAUGCUAUAAAGAAUGUUGAUGUAAAUCAACUCGGUUCUGAUUAACUGGAGCUUCUUGUUUGUGAUGUCAAGAUAAUGACUUUGUUUGAUCAGAUGAAAGAACUCAUUCUGUGUACGCUGCUAAUAUUUUCUGCGAAAUAUAUUUUUCCCUGAAGCUACAUCAGCAUGUCUGGCUGAAGCCAUUAUUCCUAAAGAAGAAUUACAACAACCUGAUUCAUUCCCACACCCAAACCACCCAAAUUGCGCCAAAACAAAUCGACGAAAUUGUGGUAAUGGACCGGCUCACGGUUGUCAGAGCUUCAACGAGAUCGAUACAGAUCGUUCAAUCCUUAAGUUUUGAGGAGAAUUGAAGCCCUAGGGUAGAAAUUCAAUUGCUUUGCGUCGUUUGGUGAUUCUGAGAUGGUGGGAGAAGGGCGUGAAUUUGAUAAAUGGAGACUACUGGCUUUCGUUUCCGCGGUCGUCAUUGGGAUGCUUCAAUCGACAACGAAGCUCUUUCGGUUCUAUGGCCCUUCCACUGAUUCUCAGCACUACUACUUCUUCGAUAACUUUUAUGCAAACGAUUCACUCCGUCAGUUCCUUGCCAUUGCCGUCAAUGCCUCAAAGCAAGCUGGAUAGGUAAAAUCAAAUUCAAUACUCCAAAAAUAUGUUCUAAAAAUUUUUCAUUUUGAAUUAUAAACCCUAAUUUAUAUUCUGAAUUUAGAGAUUUUAGGGUUCUUGAAGUUGAGUUGUGCACUGGGUCAUUUUUUUUUUUUUCCUAGCUGCUUUAUAUUGUUAGAUUUCUUGUUAUUUUAAUAAAAUUAGGAUCUUUUUUUUUUUGUAAUUCUUUUCGUUUAAAAUUAUAAACUCUACUUUCUACUCUGGAUUAGAGAUUUUUUAUGGUUUUUGAGCUUGUGUUGUGCACUUGGUGUUUUUUUUGUCCCUCUUAGCUCCUCUCUCUCUGUUGUGUCACUCUUCGAGUUUAGUGAGAAAAAAAGUGAUGGGUUGGUUCCUCUUCCCUGGAAGAUCAAAGUAAGAAAGCGAAGAAAAAGGCAGAGGAAGAAGCCCGAGGACAAGAUCCCGUCAACUUCAGGGCAUAGAAAAACAUAUGGCAAGUCAGUUUGAGAGGAGGUGCCUAAGGAUUCAGACAGUUCAGGCUUUUCUUUUUCUAAUGAGACUGCUAGUUCACAUGAGGAGUUUGACAAGGAUUAGACUGAGAUUACUGAUCCAUCAGUCCAGCACAGGAAGAAGCAUAGACUAUGAAGCAGCAAUGCAGAAUGAAUUGGCAGGAUAUCCAGCAGGCUUGUUUAAUAGUAGACUCUACCACCUGUUGCAUCAUAUCCAGCAGGCUUGUAUGGAACCUUCUUGGAUUGAUAAAAGCUUGUUCCGUCUAAGAAGAGAAAAAUCAAGAUACUACAAGAUAUCAGUGGAAUAGUAAAAUCAUCAAGACUCACAGUAUAUGUAGACGACUCAGAGGACAAACCUAACCAUUACCGCAGUAGCUACAUAGUGAGAGGGACUAUGGCGAUGACGGAUGAUGAUACCUCAGGUGCUAUGACAGUUAUGGCAGUGGUGGCCGGCUGUCCACCAUUCAGAAGACACAAACCGUCCAAAUCUUCGUCACCCACUUCCUCAGUCACCACAAAUCCCCCCUUUGAUAACCUAACCCAUGAACUGUUCAUAGAAAUUCUCCAAAGACUUCCUCUCAAACUCAUCCAUCUCUGCAAGUGCGUUUCAAAACGCUGGUAUGAUUUGAUCUCCACCCCUCAUUUUACUCGAUGUUAUAUCCAGAAUUGUUCAUCUUUGGUGCCUCCUUUUGCCCUGUUCUAUCAGUGCAUUGAUGGUGCAGUCAAAUUAACAUCCGAAUCACCCAUUUUUCAAUCUCGUGGGUUUUCUCUAAACUUCCUUCCGUCUUUGAAUCCAUCAUCAUCUUCAUCGGAUCAACAUGAACCAGACCCAAUUCGUUACUUAGCAUCCAGCAAUGGCUUGGUAUUAUGCUCUGCAACCUUGACUUUUCAGAGGGUUUACUAUGUCUGCAACCCACUCACUAUGCAUUGGGUUGAGCUUCCUCCACCACCCACUUGCCAAAAUUGGGUCAUCAUUGGAUUUGUUUGCAAACCAUCUCAUUCUUUUGAUAACACUAGCUGCACAACUAGCUUCAGAGUUGUUCGAAUCCACAGAUUCGAAAAACCAAAUUACCCACCACCGCGUUCAGCCAAUCUCAAAUUGGAUAUAUUUUCUUCAGACACAUGGAAAUGGACAGAGAGCAUCAUAUCAACCCGGGGACGUAACUUUAUUAUGUCUAAUGAAGUUUCUAAUGCUGUGGUUUGCAACGGAAUACUCCACUGGAUGUACCUUUAUAAUGGCAAGAUUUUCGCCUAUGAUCCAUUCAACAACACGGAUCAAUUUCGUACAAUAAGGCAGCCCAAGGAAAGAUUUCCCCUAUACUAUGAAUGUUUCUUAGGAGAGUGCCAAGGACACCUCAGGUUCAUUCAAUUUCAUCGUUCCAUUCUUGGCAUUUGGGAACUGAAGGACAGCAAUGGGCUUGAAUGGUCCUUUGUGCACAACGUUGAUCUGGACAGGAUGAAAUUAGAUCAUUGCCUCUUUGGUGUGUCAAUUCUACCUCUUCAUUCCACUGACCAAGACAUUAUAUAUCUUCAUAUUUAUCCUCGUAUUAUGAUCUGCAAUGUGAGGAGCAGAACUUUGAAUGUAUGUUCUCUUGGCCCUAUUUAUAGACUACAGCAUUCGAUGGCCUUUCCCUUUGUGCUCCCAUGGUGGCCCACAUCAGUUCCUCAAUUCCAAAGGAAAGCACUCAAAACCGAUGGACGAAGCAUCCAAGUGUCAGAACCUAGAAUGAAUAUCCAGGCUCCAGAGGAUCCUGUUAAUUCUCAACAGGAGGCUGCUGCGGAGGAACCUACUUGA